UUCGCAGUGUGACACCCACCGGAAGUUUACAGACAGCACCAGCAGCGUUAGCUAGGUGCAUGUUAGCAGUUAGCUGGAAGACGGUAGUGUGGUCGUGUCUCUGGUAAAUAUUCAAGUAGUGGACGGAGCAGUGAUGUCUUCGGCUCAGUAUUUGAGAGAGUUUAUCAGCGAGCGACUAACAGCUGCUGCUGAAGAGAUAUUCACAGUCUUUGAAAAAACCAUCGUCCAGUACGAAGAAGAGGUCGCUCGUCAGCGCAGACUGCUGGACACCGUUUUGAAACCUGAAAUAAAGCUACACAGGAUCGAGCUCCCACAGCAGCAUGUCUGUAAGGAGGAGGAGGUUCUCACUGACCAGCAGCUCUGUCACCAGGAGAGGAACUCCAGUCUGGACCAAGAGGAACAAGAACCUCCACAGAUUAAAGAGGAACAGGAGGAAAUGUGCACCAGUCAGGAGGGAGAGCAGCUCGUACUGAAGCAGGAGACUGAAACCUUCAUGUUGACUCCUCAUUGUGAGGAAAGUGACCACAGAGAACCAGACGGUGAGCACCAGCUCCUCUCUCACAACUCUCCUGUAGCUGAGAGUCAAGAUCAGAACAAAAGAAAACAUAUGGAUUCAGGAUCAACAGGAAAUGAAGAACCAAACCCACAGAAGAGUUUUCAUGACAACAGGAGUCACGGUAACAAUGUGGACAACUCUCCCAAAUCAGAGAUUAACUCUAAUACUCAAACAGGUAAAAAGUCUUUCAAAUGUGACACUUGUGGAAAAGCUUUUGCGUGUAAGUAUAAAUUGAAAAUUCAUCUGAGAACACACACGGGUGAAAAACCUUAUUUAUGCAAAAUAUGCAGGAAAGGAUUUGGACGUAGUGAUGAAUUGAAAGUCCACAUGAGAACUCACACAGGUGAGAAGCCAUAUUGUUGCCAAACAUGUUCAAAACGUUUUGUAAAUAGUAGUUAUUUGAAAGUCCACAUGAGGUCUCACACUGGUGAGAAGCCAUUUCCCUGCAAAAUAUGUCAGAAACGUUUUGUGAAAAGUGGUUAUUUGAAAGUUCAUACGAGAAUUCACACUGGUGAGAAGCCUUAUUCAUGCAAAAUAUGCAGGAAAGGAUUUGGACGUAGUGAUGAAUUGAAAAUCCAUCUGAGAACUCACACAGGUGAGAAGCCAUAUUGUUGCCAAACAUGUGGUAAAUGUUUUGUAACUAGUAGUAAGUUGAAAGUCCACGUGAGGUUUCACACUGGUGAGAAGCCAUAUUGUUGCCAAACAUGUGGUGAAUGUUUUCUAAGUAUGGGCUAUUUGAAAUACCAUAUAAGAACUCACACAGGUGAGAAGCCAUAUUCUUGUAAAAUAUGUCAGAAACGUUUUGUGAGAAGUGGUGUAUUGAAAGUCCACAUGAGAAUUCACACUGGUGAGAAGCCAUAUUCUUGUAAAAUAUGUCAGAAACGAUUUGUGAGAAGUGGUGUAUUGAAAGUCCACAUGAGAAUUCACACAGGUGAGAAGCCAUAUUCUUGCAAAAUAUGUCAGAAAAGGUAUACACAAAGUGGUCAUUUGAAUUUCCACAUGAGGAGUCACAGGUGAGAAGCAAUUUUCUUGCCAAAGAUGUGGGGACAGUUUUUCACAUUGUGAUGCAUUGAAUGUUCACAUGAGAACUCAGACAGGGGAGGAGCCUGUAACACGUGAUAAAAGCUUCUCUUAGUUUACACACAUGAAAAGUCAUUUAAAGAUUCAUACAGGUAAAAAUGUGUGUUUACAAAACAAGGAUUUAUAUAGAUUUAGUGUUGUUGAAGAUGAUAAAUGAUCUGAGGCUGUCCAGCCAUCCUGCAACUACGGUCUUUUCACGAACAUGUCCUUUAAUUCACUCUGUAUUUUUUUUCUUACAUCAAAUUGUUACAAUUUGUAUUAUUUCAGUCUGCAGAGGUGAUACAAACUCAUGUAGUAGAUGUUCUAUGCUGCUUUGUGAAAUUUGCCACAUAAAUAAACUUGUAUUUUAAUAA